UUUUUAAACUUCCUCACGACUGAUGAGUUGCUUCAGUUUUGAUUCAAUCCGAAUUCCGAAAUCGUCUUGGUUUUUCCGUGGCGUCUCCGUUUCAAUGAUCCAAAAUUCUGGUCGGUCCUUACGCCGGAUUUUGAUGCUUCCGGCCGUUCCUCCCUGCGAAUGUGUCUUUCCGGUGACCCUCAUACAUGAUCUUAUUUCUCUCUCUCGCAACAUCUGCGAUUUCCAACCGAAGAUAGUCGCGACUCAUAAGAGAGACGCACGGGAAGCUAUUCGCCAAGUCGGACUUCUCCUCAUCUUUUUUGAAGAAGUCCAAGACCGUUAUCGUCGAUCAGCUCUACCCGACUUGGUCGUGCUCUGCUUUUCUGAGCUCCAUAUCACCUUGCAAAAGCUCCGGUACAUAUUGGAAGACUGCACCCGUGAAGGCGUUCGUCUAUGGAUUCUGAUGAACUGCAAACGAGUUUCUACUGAGUUUCGUGUUUUAAUCAGAACGGUAGCUACGGUGCUCGAUGUUCUUCCCUUGGAUUCCAUUGACGUGUCCACAGAAGUCAGGGAAUUGGUUGAAUUAGUAGCCAAGCAGGCGCAGAAGGCAAAGUUCGACGUAGACCCAGAUGAUGAACGCACUGCUAAGAAUGUUCUUUCAAUUCUGAAUCAGUUCGACGACGGAGUUUGGCCGAGCCCGUAUGAUGUUAGGCGGAUUCUGGACCAUCUGGAGGUCCGGAGCUGGAAUGAGUGCAGCAACGAGGCCAAAUUCUUGGAUGAAGAGAUUAGUUUGGAGGCUUACAAUGGAGAUGAGAGAGAGAUCGUGCCCCUAAGCAGUCUGAUGGGGUUUAUGAUCUACUGCCGAAUCGUGAUGUUCGAAGCUGUGGAUGGGAAAGGCAGUGAAUGGUUCGACAAUAGAGACGAGGGAGAGGUGCUUAGUUACCUGAACCCCGAGGAUUUCCGGUGUCCUAUCUCUCUUGAGAUUAUGAGUAAUCCGGUGACCCUAUCAACUGGGCAUACCUAUGAUCGCUCUUCAAUUCAAAAGUGGCUCAAGGCCGGAAACCUCACUUGUCCCAAAACAGGGGAGAAACUAACCAAUACAGAGCUGGUUCCUAAUUUAGCUUUAAAGAAGCUUAUUCAGCAGUUCUGUUCCGACAGCCGAACUCCAGUCACUGAAACAGGUGGUCGGAGUCGUGACAUAACAAGAACGAUUUUUGCCGGCAGUCCAGCAGCUGAAGAAGCCAUGAAAAUGCUUGCCAAGUUUUUAGCUGAUAGGCUUGCCAAAGGAACGGGUGAAGAGAGGAAGAAGGCCGCUUAUGAGAUCCGGUUACUUGCAAAAUCAAGCAUAUUCAACAGGUCUUGCUUGGCAGAUGCAGGCACAAUCCCCAAUUUAUUAAAGCUUCUAUCCACAACUGAUCCAUCCAUACAAGAGAAUGCCAUGGCAGCCCUGUUGAACCUUUCAAAACAUUCCAAGAGCAAAAUGUUAAUUGUCAAGAAUAAUGGGCUGGGAUUGAUUCUGGACGUUCUAAGAAGAGGAAUUGCAAUAGAUUCUCGGCAGAUGGCAGCUGCUACACUUUUUUAUCUUGCUUCAGUUGAGGAGUACAGGAAAUUGAUUGGAGAGAUGCCAAAUGCAAUCUCUUCAUUGGUAGAGCUGAUGAGGAUUGGAACAGUUCGUGGGAAGAAGAAUGCUGUGGUUGCAAUCUUUGGGCUCCUCCUUUGUCCCGAUAACCAUCAGAGGGUUCUGGAAGCUGGAGCAGUCCCACUGCUGGUCCAUAUGUUGAUAUCUUCUGAGAGGUUUGAUCUUGUAAUUGAUUCUUUGGCAGUGCUAGCAAAGCUGGGGGAAAAACCGGAUGGAACAAUAGCAAUCCUAUGCACCUCUGCUUUACCACUGCUUGUGGGGAUCCUACGCUCCUCCACAUCUCGUGCAGCGCAGGAGUAUUGUGUUUCAUUGUUGUUGCCCCUCUGCAUCAAUGGUGGGGCAGAGGUGGCUGCCAUUUUACAGAAAACUCCCUCGCUCAUGGAAUCAUUGUAUACCCUUAUAACAGAAGGCACAUCUCGUGCAAGUAAGAAGGCCAGUGCACUCCUCAGUGUCCUCCAUGAAUUCCAUGGCCCAAGCUCCUCCUCUCUGUUGGCUCAGGCUGUGCAACAAGAACAAAUUGCUCUGUUGGCUCAAGCAGCGCAUCCACCUCUGUAAAUAUUACCCGGAUGCUCUGCUUCUUCAUCUUCAUGGUUGAAAAUUUUGAUAUUAGCUCAGUUUUUUGAGGAGCUAAAGUUUGAAAAUACUUCUGAAUAAAACCAAUGAAUUUUCUGUUACAGUGUGAAGACCCAACAAAGUUGUGUUCAAUAUGAUUUAUAUUUGUCUGGAGAUCAAUUACCUGUGUAUUAUAAUGAUAUGUCAUCACUUAUUUGAAGCAUCUUAUCAAUGUAUGCUAAAUUCCUCCC